AUGACCGAGGCUGGAGUGGUCGACCGAGUUCCAGGUUGCAGGCCAGAAGACAUCAUCACCAUCUCCACUCCCACCGAACCACACACACAAUCCAACACCUUCAACCCAGUCGAAAAUCAGCACAUCAUGUCGGAGAGAAAACGCAAGUGGGACAGCGGGCCUGAUGGAAGUGCCAACACGAAAGUGAAAGUCGAGGACUCUCCUACGAGCAAGCCCGGAGGUACCGAAACUGCGACGCCGGAGAAUAAUGGGGCUGCUGAUGCCGCUGCUGCUAUCGCUGCUCGAAUCGCUGCCCAGUAUGCUCCUCCUCCAGUCAAAGCGAAAUCGAGUGAACCUCCGAAAUACGAGAAAGACAAACCUGAAGUGAACGAUCCUGAGUUCGUCAAAGACAUCGAUAUUAAUGACCAACGGAACCGAUAUCUACUCACCAAAGGACCCACUCAAGCUGAGAUUCAAGCGGAGACGGGAUGCUCUGUGACUACUAAAGGACAAUGGUACCCGGAUCGUACCAAAGCCCAUGAUCGUGAUCCCCCAUUAUAUUUACAUCUGACAGCCACUAGUCAAGAGAUACUGGAUAAGGGGAUUGCGAAGGUGAACGAGUUGAUCGAGCAAGACCUAGGACCACUCACGGAAGCACCAUUUGUUCACCAGCGGAGAGAGAGACGUGAGCCUAGAGAGCGCCAAAAAUGGCCCGAACAUAAGCUGGAGAUCGGUCUGGAGAACUUGCGCAACUUUAAUGUUCGAGCCAAAGUGGUUGGCCCCGGGGGCAUGUUUGUAAAAUACAUCCAAAGUGAAACUGGCUCACGAGUCCAGAUUAAGGGUGUCGGAUCUGGUUUUUAUGAGAGCGACACAGGGGCAGAGUCUACUGAACCAAUGCAUAUCAAUAUCACCGGUCCAGAUGAUACACAGAAUAUCAAGGCAAAGGAGUUAGCAGAGGACCUACUAGAAGCAGUCAAGGAGAAGUGGGCGGAAGCCAAAGCGAUCAAUGAUCAAGCUCAGGCGCAGUAUAAUACACCGAUGGUUAAUCAGCCGAUGUACAUGGGAUUCGGAGGUGUUCCGGGUCAAGGGCAGGUACCAGGGAUGAUGGGACAAAUGGCUCCACAAUAUGGACAGCCUCCCUUGCCAUCCUCAGGGGAUGCCCCACCGCCUCCAUCGAGUGAGGCACCCCCCUUGCCGACGGGAGAGGCACCGGGCCCGCCUUCCGGACAGCCUGGCACUGCUGCUCCAGCGGGAACGGCCUCGAGCCAAGAUUACUCUGCAUACUAUGCGCAAUACUAUGCCCAACAAGCGCAGACGAUGACAGCCGAGCAAAGGGCUUACUACAACUCGCCUGAGUAUACGGCAUGGUAUCAGCAGUAUCUUCAGUAUCAACAACAGGCGCAAGCCUCGGGUGCUGUUAAUCCGAUGGCUGCUGCUGCCCAACCACAGCCGAUGGUCUCCUCUCAGCCCCCUCUACCCUCCUCUGCCCCACCUCCACCAAGCCAUGCGCCUGCUCCGCCACCCCCCAGUGAGGAUGUUGCCCCACCUCCUCCACCUGAACCAGCCCCAGAGCCUCCUCCGCCAUAGUUCUCUCUCUCUCUCUCUCUGUCCUUGUAUUUGAUCUCAUUGGGGUCACUCAUCCCUCAAUCAGGUCGAAAGUUGGCUUCUCUUGUUCUUGUUGUGAUGUUUUCUGGUUGUAAUUUUGCUUUAUACAUAUCUCUGAGAUGGGAUUCUUGCUAUAAUGAGUUUUUGGAGAUUGAUGAUGGUUUUGGAUAUGUACCAUAUGCAAGGAGUAAGCUUAUGAAACUCCUUUUUUCUCUGUCACUGAGAUGGUUGAAUGCAAGUCUUGAUCCCCAAUUUGAC